GUUGUUUUCAUAAAUGAUUUGGGGUUGAUGAGUUGGGUAACUGUGUAAAAAACGCUGAAUUCCUUUCUUGCUUAGAAGAAUGUCAAAGGAAACUUUUGUAUUCACCUCUUCCACUCUGCGCUCCUUGCGCUUGCAACGAGAAAAGCUGGAGUGGGAAGAACGGCAGAGGGCUGCAUCUCGCCAGUGGGCCAGCCAGAGGUAUCAUCCAACUGCCAGGAGCCUCCUUUCUCUCCCCAAGCCCACCAGACAUCUUGAAUACUGUCGGGAUCCUGCUCUUCACAAUGCCCUUUACACAGGAGACUUGCCAAGGAUCCAAAGCAUUUUUAAAGAUAAAAUCACUUCCAACUUGAUUGUGGAGACCCAGGUGGAAGAGCUAGAAUGGUCAGCUGAUCAGGGGUUGUGGGUGUUGACUGCUCAAAAGAAACACACAUCUCCAUUGCGAAUAACAGCUGCCAGGGGCUAUCAAGACUGUGUGAAACAUCUGCUUUUGAAAGGGGCAGAUGUCAAUGCAGUUAUUGGUGGGAAAGCUGCUUUGCAUGAUAGCUGUGCCAACCAUCAUGAAGAAUGCACCCGUCUGCUCCUACGUUAUGGUGCUAAUGCUAAUAUUCUUUCAGAAGAGGGGCUGGCCCCGUUGCAUUUGUGCACCACUCAGGAAACUUUGCCGUGUGCUCAGCUAUUACUGGAAUAUGGAGCUCUAGUGAACCAGAAAUCAAGAGAUGGCCAUGCUUCCCCAUUGCAUGUGGCUAGCAGGCAUGGUUUAGAGGACCAUGUCAAACUCUAUCUUUCCUAUGGAGCAAAUAUUGCUCAUAGAAAUCAGGAAGGGGAGACUGCUCUUAACACUGCUUGUGCCAGUGCAGAUAAACCUGAGGAAGCUGGCCGCUACUAUCAAGUGGUAAAGCAACUUCUGGAUAGUGGGGCCAAUGUUCAGAUUGCUGGCCGAAAGAACCAUACUCCACUGCACAAUGCCUGCAGCAACUGUCACAUUGGUAUUGUGGAGCUCCUGCUACAGCAUGGGGCAGAAGUGAAUAUUAGUAAUUGUGCUGAUAAUACUCCUAUGGACUGUGCUUUGCAAGCAGUGGAAGAUUACCUGGAGGAAGAGCCUGAAAAAAUUAUAGCUACGUUGCUCAACCAUGGUGCUGCCUUUAUUAAUCCUAAGAUGCUAAAGUUUUGUGCCUCAUCACCUCGAUCUAUGGAAAUAAUUCUGAAUUCUUAUGACCGAGUAGUGUCCUGUGAUUCCUGGGUAGGAUCUGUACCCACUGAAAUGUGGCAUGAGUAUCAAGUGUUCUAUGAUUCAGCUCUUUUCCUAGUGAAUCAACCUCGCCCACUGCAACAUUUAGCUCGUUGUGCUAUUCGAAGGCAGUUAGGGAUCCGUUGCCAUAAAGGCAUCUCUCAGUUGAAACUACCUUCUGCUUUGCAUGAAUAUUUACUUCUCCCAUUGAAGGGUUAUCUCCAAUAAGAUGAUGGCAAAAUAGCAAUUAGUAAUUUAUUAUAAUUCCAUCCUCCUGUAAUGAAAUACUAGUAUUGCCACUAAAAUGGUGAUUAAACUGCAAAGAGCAAGCAUUUUAGCUAUAUUGAUAGCCAUAAUUCUUGUACCUUUCAAUGUAAAGCAGAACUCCUUCCAGAAGAAAAAGCAGAAAAAUAUGAAGAUAAAUUUUGACUGUAAUGCAAACAUGAGUCCUGUUAAGAGACUGUUGAGGCAUACAUGUCUGAUUGAUUUAGGCUGGAAAUUAUUUUGUUUCAUCCAUUUACACAAUGAGAAUGUGUGCAUAUUAUUGAAUCUCUGGCAUGAAGGAUUCUCACCAAUUAGUUAACUACUGUAUUCUGUCCAUUUAAAUAAUGGGUGGGUAUUCACAUAUGUUAAUAUUGAUCCUGAUUUAAUGCACUGGGCUUUGAUUAUAAUCUUAAGAAUGUAAAUGUUGAUCGUUUCAUAGAGAGAUUAAUAUCACUGGGCAUAUUUUUCUAUUCAGUUAAGAAUCCGAUACUAAUUGUAGUGACCAUUAUUGGUGACCUAUAGAUCAGACUUCCUGGAGAUAAGGUGAGACGGAUUGGAAUGGUCAUCAGUAAAUUUGGCAGUGAUCAAUUAAACAUUGGCAAUAGUGAGAGUCCUACUUGUAACUGCUAUCUUGCAGGAUCUAAUCUGGAUCGGUCACCAGAACCAAAGGUUUUUUCUUCUGAGCUAGGGAGAGAGAAGUUCUCUGAAGAUGGACUCCAGCACAAAAGCUCGGAAGAUAAAACCACUGGUCAUCAACCCAGAUUAGAUUCUACAACAUUAUAUUCACUUUCAUUUGUAAUUUCCAUCUUUCUCAAGGUAUACUGAAAAUACUAAAUAGAGGUGAUUUCUCUGGCAUGAUGUCUGCAUGCUGAGGACAUGUUAAGAGAAUGAUGCAAGCUAUAUGAGCAUCAAGAUGAUUUUAAAUCUUUGGGCUAGAAUCUGAAAUAAAAACAUACUGUUCUGUUGUGCCAAUAAAAGAGAAUAUAUGUGGAACUAGGUUGAACUGUGGAGUUCUUGGUGCUCUCUAAACUUGUUUUCAUUAUCUGAUUAGGUAACAUCUUCAGUGCACUAUG